AUGAUGACGAUGACCGUAACAGCCGUGACGGCAACAGGGGCGCUUAUGACAAGCGUCCUCUUGGCUACGGAGAUGAACGACAAGGAUAGCCGCGACGACAAGGGAGACGUCUACAGCCAGAAGGCUGGUGGCGGAACGAAGCGUCGCUCCGGGGAUGAUGACGACAUGGAUAGCCGCGAGAACGACGAUGUCUAUGGCAUGCAGCCAAGCGUCUACCGCAAUUAG